UCGCACACGAGUUCUGACCGUUGGACCAACCGGACGUGUUUUUACCGAGUUCCUUCCAGGAUAAUCGGCAUACCCACAGUAGGCGGGGUGGUAACCUGUUAGCCUCUCCGACUAGAUGUAAAUGUAAAAAGUGUGUCGCGUGCGAGGGUGGCAGUACUGGUCAUUCAGUGUACCUCUCUCCCCUGCCUUAUCGAUACAGGGGAGGCAAUUAUUCGUUCGUUUACUUGCCCGCCGGGAGUGUUGCUGCUUCACCUGCUGCUAAGGACUCCACAGAUUUGUUAUUGUCCGUAUCGGCAAUGGGAAGGAAAAGCUUGCGUGUCCUUGUCCUUUGUAACGAUCAAAAGCGGCGGCCAUUCUACUAGCAUAGCACACCAUACAUAUAUCGCAUCGCGUGGUCACGGAUUCCGGUAAAGUGUAGUGUACUGUCUGUCGCCGCCGACCAUUCCGUUGCCGACGAGCAGUUAGUGCGGUAUAGCGUGUCGGGAGUCAAACAUUUCGUAGAAAAGGACGUUUCAAAUAAAAUGGAUACUAUGCAACUCAGUCAAAAACAGAAUUAUGCAAAACGUCGAUUAUACGAAACGUCUUUGUGAUAAGUAGGCUAUGUCUUGAGAAAGUGCAACUUCUCAUGAAAUCAAAGGAACAUGAAGAACACUGUUGAUGUCUGCAAGGAAGUUAAUUAUCUCGGCAGUAACCCACGUGAAAGUGUUACAAAAUACGGGAAACAGCCAGAAAACCAAGCAAGAAAAGGCGGAAGAGAGUGGUCUCCACCACCCUCCUCAACACGUGGCCUGUCUCCGACGACUUCACUCUUCCGUGGUGGGGGUGGUUCGCUUCGUGGCGGUGGGAAGCACACCUCAAAGUCGGUGACAAAUCUCAACAACUAUCGAGACAACAACAAUAACUCACGAGGAAGGAAUCAAGUUCGAAAUCAGGGGACGACACGUGGUUUUGGGGGAAGUACGGAUAGUUUCAAUAAUGGUAAAAAAGUGAACAAUCUACUGAAAGGAGCCGCAGUUCCGGGGCCCGGUAUGGUGCGAUCCAACAGUUUGAACAACAAAGGCAGCAACCGUUCCAGUAGCGUCGAAAGAAUGAAUAAUGGAAAAAUUUACCGCGGGCGAAGUCCGCUACGAAAUUCUACGUCAAAUCUACAGCAGUACCAAAACCAACAGCAGCAGCAUGGGAAAAAUCAGCCGUUUUUGGUGCGCUCGAGAGGAAAUGAUCGAGGCAGCAUCGACAACUUGGACAACAUCACACAGUCUUCGAAUGGGAGCGGAAGUUCGGCUCCGGGUACACCGGAGGACAACAUCAAUGUCGUGGUACGGGUCCGACCACUGAACGUGAAGGAAGUCCGCAAUGCAGACGACAUGGUGGUACAGUUUCCCGGAAACGGACAAAUUCUGUGUGAUGGCAUUCCGGCAGCUCCGGGAAGUGGUGGCCAGAAGCCCAAACUGUUUUCCUAUAACGUAGUCUUCGAACCGGGUGCAACGCAGGACGACGUGCUGCAGUAUUCUGGCAUCAAACGGCUUAUCGAAAUGGCCAUUGAAGGCUUUAGCUGCACGGCCUUCUGCUACGGACAGACUGGUUCCGGAAAAACCCACACCCUUACGGGGCCACCGGAAUUGUUUUAUGGAAAACCAGAUCCGCAGCACGAAAGUCACGGAUUGGUGUUUCGAUCGUUUCUUUAUCUAUUCAAACUACUUCAGGAACGAAAAGAUACGAACUUUGUGCUGAAAGCUUCCUUCUUGGAAAUUUACAACGAAAAGGUUAUAGACUUGCUCAACCCAGGAACAGCGCGCAAACCUCUGGCCGUGAGGUGGUCCAAAAAGUCCAGAGGGUUUUUCGUCGAGAAUCUUUUCACCGUUGACUGCGAAGAGCUUGACGAUCUGCUAGCGGUUCUCGAAGAAGGUAUGCGAAACCGCUCGGUGGGUUGCCAUUCAAUGAAUGAUUACUCCUCGCGUAGUCACACAAUCCUGACGGUUCAUAUUACCUCGGAGCAGCAAGCCGAAGGAGGCGUGUUCAUAUCGAAGCAGGGAAAAAUUAACUUCGUAGACCUGGCCGGAAGCGAGAUGACCAAGAAGACUCAUAGCGAGGGAAAGACACUCGAAGAGGCGAACAACAUCAACAAGAGUCUGAUGGUGUUGGGUUAUUGCAUUGCAUCGCUGAGCGAUUCUAAGAAACGAAGUGGUCAUAUACCCUACCGAGAUAGCAAACUGACCAAGUUGCUUGCAGACAGCUUGGCUGGAAAUGGCGUAACGCUAAUGAUUGCAUGUAUUUCUCCGGCAAGAUCCAACAUAACGGAAACGUUGAACACGCUUCGGUAUGCUGCACGGGCAAAGAAGAUCCGUACCAAGCCGAUCAUAGUGAUGGAUCCCCGUGAAGCUUUGAUUCUAAGCUUGAAACGGGAGAUUGGAGCUUUACAGGUAGAAAACGAACAUCUACGGACGGCAUUGAAUCUACAGUCCGAGUCGCAAGAAAUCAACAGUCAGGUCGAUUACCUCGAACGACGACAGAUUGUUCGAACACCUCCAAAGGUAGAUCUCGAGAAGGUUACGGACAUGGAAGGUAGCGAGCUCAAAGAACUGGUCAAGGUGUACAUGCUGGAGAACCAGGCACUACGGCAGGAGAACUCCGAGCUUUACAGCACACGGGAAAUGAUCAUGCGCGAUCAAGAAGUGGUCUGCCGAGAGAAUGAAAGACUGUUGAAGAAACUGGAGGAUGUCAACUCAGUUUGUUGUCGUUCACCGAUCAUUCCUGCAAGGCCGACGUUUUCGGCAGAAAUGCUGAAUUUGUCGGCGAGUGGAGAUGAUAUGUCCAACGUUUGGCAGAAUGCUAUGAGCGUCGGUAGCGACAGUAUGGGCAGCGUAGGUCGACACAAACAAGAUUCUUUGGACGGACGCGUUUCAGCAAACGAGAAUAAAAUCCCAGAGCUUUUGCAAAAGGAACUUGACAAGAGAAGAAUUGGCGAUAGCAUACAAACAAUCGCAAAUAAUUUGAAAAGGCACAAUUCGUGGGAAAACAAUAGAUCUUUGAAUAGUGUGAAACUUGCCUCGCGAAAGGGUUCUGCGGACAGCAGACAUUCUGAUCAAUCCCAACGCAGAACAUCACAAACGCGAAUCAUUGAUUUGAAAGCCCGCUCAUAUCCUUACUCAGAAUCGGGUGUUGUCGGUUCGUCCUGGUCUCCGAUGACCAGAAGGCCGAACAGUAGUAUCAGUAACAAUGCGUACAAUCGGCUUUCGCCAAUGUUUCUCCGGAAGCAGAACAGUUUUCUGAACAAAAGUUAUUCCACGGACGAGAGCCUACUGCCAAUGAAACGGAACAUCUUUGGUAGUUUGGUAUCGCUCAACGGGGAUGACGCCGCUGGGGCUAAGGCGUUGAUUUGAGCAUUCAUGAUCAGCUAAGAUGUAAACCGAAGACGUACAAUGAGCGAACAAUCAAGGAUAUGCAACAGGGUUACCAACGCUGGAAUAAAUGUGUGUGAUAUAUAGCAUCUUUGUUAGUAGGACAAUGGAAUGUAGGAAAAGAGUGUUAUUAAAAGUGAGAAUUUGUAUUGUUACCCGCAGUCAGGAAGCGCACAUAAACAAGAUGAUUGUAAAGAAUAUUGGAAUCAUUAAAUAAAACUGAAAAAAUAUGUGCAUGUCUCUCAAAAUACUAAA